AAGUGGUAGUUUGCAGAUGAUUUGUAUUUGACAAGGUGAAUUUCGGUCAAAGGAGAUAAAAGAUUUAUGGAUUUUCCUCCUAACACUCGCUAUUAUCCAAUUUCGUGUUGCUCUACUUGUGUUGCAGCCACAUGUUUCUCUCCUCUCACCUCUGCAAAUCAAAUUUCACUCUCAUUUCCAUUGGUUGCUAAAAUCCCUCUCCUCCCUCUCAAACACACUCACACACUUUCUCUCCCUCUCUCCCAAUAAAUACUGAGCAUCUCUCAGUUUAAUCCGCAUCCAACGAGGUCAUCCGGAAGGAAACAAAUCAAAGCCGCUUGAUGGGUCUAUAAGCCCAACCAAAGGAUCGUUUAAUAUAAACAGAAGACUGAAAUUCAUCUGGACCAUUUCAGAAUUCGGAGACGCCAGUGGGGGGAAAACGCUAUUCUUAAUAUUAUUAUUAUUUGCGCCAUUUUCUUGACUACUUUUUGUGAUCGGGGUGCCGGAGGCAAACAUGAUGUCCUAUUUGAAACAACCGCCGUACACGGUGAACGGACUGAGCUUAUCUACCUCAGGAGUGGACUUACUGCAUCCUUCAGUGGGAUACCAAGCGACCCCUCGCAAGCAGAGGAGGGAGCGGACCACCUUCACCCGGGCCCAGCUCGACGUGCUGGAGAACCUGUUCUCCAAGACCCGCUACCCUGACAUCUUCAUGAGGGAAGAGGUGGCUUUAAAGAUCAACCUUCCUGAAUCCAGAGUGCAAGUCUGGUUUAAAAACAGACGAGCCAAGCACCGCCAGCAGGCCCAGCAGACCCAGACGGGCGUGCAGAACAAGUCUGUCAGCAGGCCGGUGAAAAAGAAAGGCUCCCCUGUGAGAGAGGCCAGCUCUGAGAGCGGAGCCAGCGGCCAGUUCACGCCGCCCUCCAGCACCUCCAUGCCGGCUGUGAGCAGCAGCAGCAGCAGCAGCAGCAACAGCAGCAGCAGCGCGGCGCCUGUCUCCAUCUGGAGCCCGGCCUCCAUCUCCCCGCUCUCCGACCCGCUCUCCUCCACAACCUCCUCCUCCUCUUCCUCCUGCAUGCAGCGGUCUUACCCAAUGACCUACACCCAGGCGACGGGCUACAACCAGGGCUACACGGGUUCCUCGUCCUACUUCACCGGGAUGGACUGCGGCUCCUAUCUGUCGCCCAUGCACCACCAGCUGUCCGCCACGGGCUCCACCAUGAGCCCCAUGGGCGCCAGCGGGGUGUCCAGCCACCUGAGUCCGGCGUCCUCUCUCUCCUCGUCGGCGUACGGAGGGACGGGGCUCGGCUUCACCGGUGCUGCGGACUGUCUGGACUAUAAGGACCAAACUGCCUCAUCGUGGAAGCUAAAUUUCAAUUCGGACUGUCUGGAUUAUAAAGACCAAGCAGCUUGGAAGUUUCAAGUGUUGUGAGGGAAGAAAAAUGGAAGAAAUUGGGAACUUUUACGAACCCAUGCAGAGCCGGUCUAAGACUGAAUGCGGUCCUGAGCGGAAAUUGAUUCGGGUGGCACCACCAGCAACCACACCACCACCUAUAUUAACUUAUUGGGCUUUUUUAUUCCCACUUACACAGUUUGCUAACAUAACAGUUAGAUUGAUCACAUCACACAAUUAUGAUAUAAUAUUUCACAAUAUGUAUUUAAAUAAAGGGAUACCGACAAGUAAACUGUGGAGAAAUCAAUGGCCAAAUUUAAAAGUAGGUUCAUUCUCGAUUAACAGACAUCUUUGGAUCUAUGUUCUGUGUGGUGGCAUGCUGGGGGUCCUAAGCACCAGCGUCUGGCUCUUGCCUCGACCCGGCUCUGCAUUCAUGCAAAAAUAAAAAUGUCUUUUUUUUUUUUUUUUCUUCCCUCCACAAGAAUUCAGGCCCUAACUUCUACCUCGGGUCGAGCAGCGCAGGACUGUCUCACACUUGUUGGACUAACUUAUUGACCAUCGAGACUCAACUUUGAUCAGGGGCACGGAACAAAUCUGCUGACCAGAAAAGAAGAAGGGGGGAAAAGGAUCAAGAGAGACCAGCUUGGAGGAGUUUGAAGAAUUGGUCAGGUCUUUUUCCUGCUAAGCUCCUUAAAGACUCUCCUUUUUCUUUUUCUUCUUGUUGGCACGCUGAAUGGGCGCCCCUUUGAUCAAAGCGAUGUGCAUGAGUGUCUGUGUUGUAAGGAGUGUGUGUGUGUGUGUGUGUGUGUGUGUGUGUGUGUGUGUGUGUGUGUGUGUGUGAUGGGGUGUGUGAGCGAGAGUGUGAAAGCAGCUCUGACGCGAACUUGGAUGCACUACUUAAUUUAUGGAAGAAGAAAAAAUAUACGAAUAUUUGACAAUCAGUCCGUUCGCGCGUGAGCCGAAAUGUAUUUUAUGUGUUUUUAAAUUUUCAUUUCUCCCCUUGUAAAAUUUCUUUUUACCCGACUUGUGAUUUUUUUUUUUUUGUAUAACCUGUAUGCAAUUCUGCCUUGCGUAAAAUGCGCAGGAAAAGCAAGCUGUGAAUUUCACAUUUUUAUUUCCAUGUUACCAGUGAUAACUAAAAGAAGGAUUUUAUUGGUGUUCAUGAUAAAUCAGGAACAACAACAGUGUACAUCUUGCAUUUCAAGGUCCAUUAAAAACUGUAAAGAGCGACAACACCCACCAUAAAACAAUAAAGACCUUUUGACUCAGA